AAAACAUUACAGACUCUUAGUCUUCACUUGAUGUCUAAUACGACAUAACGGCUGCUGCAAGGACAGAAUCAAGACCCAACUCCAGGCCGUUUGACCAUGAGUGUUUUACUAGUCACCUUUAUGGUAGCUAUCUAUCUUACCCUCAUACCCCAAACUACCCCGUCCUGCACCAAAGGUUCCCCCCGCGACUGCAACGAGGCCGAGUUUGCCCCAGGAUCCAACCUGGCCGGUGAAGGCUUCGACAUCACCAAGAUGCAGCGCAAGGGAGCCUUUGUCAUCGACAUGAACCUAUGGAGACGUGAAAACAACACCUGCAUGCUGUGCAGGAACCCGUAUCAAGAGGGCAAGAUGCAGAAAGUCCCAGCAGCUGUGGUUCACUGGAGACCCAGUCAGAAAUGCAGCAUGAAGGUGGCCAGCUCUCAGCACCAGUCGAGCGAGUCCCUGGUCAGCUCCAGCACCUCCAGCGUGGAGAACAACUGGACAGCUAACUUAGGAAUAGAUGCCAAAGUGGGGAAAGGCUCUUUGAUGCUGGCUGGGACCAAGUCACAUUUGGCUGAGUACUCUAUGGAAAAAACAAAGAAGGACAAGUUUACGUUCUUAAGCCAUAAGGUGGUCUGUGGUUUCUACGGCUACAGCAUUUCCAACCAACCCCCUCUCCACCCAGAGUUUGAGCGCGCCAUACGUCAACUUCCAAAGAAAUACACCAGUGAGAGCAAACAGCGCUUCUACAAGCUUAUAAGCAACUUUGGCACUCACUACAUGACAAAGGUGACUCUGGGCGGGAUGGUGCAGUCGGUGACCAGCAUCAGGCAGUGCAUGGUCUCUUUACAGGGCCUGAGCGCAGACGAGAUCCAGAUGUGUCUGAAUUUGGAGGCUGAAGCCAGCGUAAACCGUGGAGGGACCGUGGAGGCAAGAGCUGAGUUCAAGCACUGUCAGGAGGAGAAGAAACGGAUGGAGACCAAGAACAGCUUCUCCAGCAACUUCAAUGACAGGCUCACAGAGAUCUUUGGUGGCCACUACACUGACCCUGAGCUUCUCUUCUCAGCAGACAAAGACCCGAGUGCCUACAAGGAGUGGCUCUCCUCCCUGCCAGUCAACCCAGACGUGAUUUCCUAUUCACUGGAUCCCCUCCAUGAGUUGGUGACCCCCAAUCAUCCAGUGCGAAAAGAACUACGCAAAGCAAUUAAGCAUUACAUUUUAGAGAGUGGACUAUGGCAAAACUGCUCUGAGCCCUGCAAGUCUGGUGUCAAAAGAAACCCAACGGAGCCCUGUGUGUGCAGUUGCCAUGGCAAUCCCGGGGUCGGUAGUGACUGUUGUCCCACCAAACGCGGUCUCGCUCGGGUUGUCAUCACCGCGGUGAGAGCCUCUGGCUUGUGGGGGGACUCCACCACAGCUACAGACGCCUAUGUGAAGGUCUUCGACUCCCAGGGCAUCCAACGCGGACGAACCCCUGUAAUUUGGAACAACAAUUCACCUGAAUGGAACAUGCCCUUUGACCUUAGUGAUGUCAUUCUCUCUCAGACCAGCAUGGUGAAGUUCGAGGUCUGGGACGAGGACAGCAAGUGGGAUGACGACCGGCUCGGAACUUGCACAGUGGAUCUCAAGGAAGGAACAAAGGAGGAUGUGUGUCACCUGAACCACGGGCUGUUCUACUACAAACUCCAGGUGGUUUGUGGUCCAAGUCUGAGUGGCCCGUCCUGCUCUGAGUAUGUGAGCUCUCCCAUGAACGGUCACCUGGAGAGGCUGUACGUGUCUCGUCAUGCCCGACCCAUACCGAAGGACAUGCUCGUGAAGAUGGGAGUAUUUCAGGACGGAUACCCUUCACUUUCGAAUCUGACUGACCCAAAUUAAACUUUUGUUUUAUUUGUAUUGUUUCAGACAGGAUGUAUUUACUCAGACAGAAUAAUGAUGAUGAUCAGCUCUAUCACAUUACAUUAUAUUUAUGCUAAGCCCUGAGAUCUAGUGUCUCUUUAUAUAAAACUUUAUGCAAAGUAGUGCAAGUGCUAUGUAUUUAUUUGUUGCAUUAUUUGUUUAUUGUUUUUUUUUAUAUUCUGUGCUGUUUAUGUAAUCCUGUUCUUUGAAAAGAAAUAAGAACUUGUUCUUAAUGAUCUGCCUGGUUAAAUAAAGGCCUGGUUAAAUAAAAUAAAAAUUAUGCAUUUGUAAUAAAAGGCACUUUUUGUACAGUUCAAAUGUCAAUCAAUAGGUAAUGGCAUAUAUAGGCAGUGCCGUAUAUAAAUUUGGAAGAACCAAACCAUAUUGAGAUAAGGCUCUUAAGAGCAUAUUGCACACUUUCUACUCUCCCCUUUCUACUGUCCCCUUGUGGGCAAAGUUUUAAAAGGUGAAAGCCUCAGGCUGCCUAUAGUAUUUGUAUGUGGAUUAUUCAAAGCCUUAGGUGCUCUUGAGUGAGUGCCUUGUUGUGUAAUGUAGGAGGCAGCUAUUUUCAGGCUUUAUUUAGAAAUCUUGAUGUAUCGACUGAAUGAUUCUCAGAAUGACAGUCAUGCUGUUGUUAAACCUCAGGGUUAACAAUACCAGUCACUGUGGUGAAAACAUUGGUAUAAUGGUAUUUUAUGGGAAGCGCCAAUGCUUUCUUUAUUUAAUUUAUUGGAUGUAUUAUAUUUUGCUUGUGAUGCAUGUUU